CGUCCAGCAGCUGAUCGGUAAUCCAGAAGAAGUUUCCCCUCAGUUAGGGGGGAGCUCCACUUUGAAGCAGGAGACUCCACAACCACCCUGCAUUAAAAAGGAAGCGGAGGAACUCUGCAUCACUCAGGAGGGAGAGUGUCUUCUAGGACGAGAGGAAGCUGAUUACACCAAGUUUCCACUGAAUAUUCUCUCUGUGAAGACUGAAGAUGAUGAAGAGAAACCACAACCAGACAACUUCUUAGCUCCACUAUCAGAUAGUGAGACUGAAGACGAGGUUGAAGAACCUUUGAGCAGCGAUAAAGACUGUGAAGGUGAUAUGAGGACUCACACUGACAACAAACACUCUGAAUGCUCUUCAAAGAAGAGAAGUAAAACAUGUUUGAGCUGCUCAGUUUGUGCUGAAAGUUUUACUAAAAGGAGUCUCUUGAGUCAACACAUGAAAACACACACAGGUGAAAAAACAUGUAAGUGUUCAGUUUGUGGCAAAAGCUUUUCUGUUAAGAGAAGUUUGACUCAACACAUGAGAACACACACAGGAGAAAAACCUUUUAACUGUUCAGUUUGUGGCAAAAGUUUUUCUCGAAAUAGCCUUUUGACUCAACACAUGAGAACACACACUGGUGAAAAACCAUUUAACUGUUCAAUUUGUGGUCAAAACUAUUCUGUUAAGAGGAAUUUGACUGAACACAUGACAACACACACAGGGAAAAAAACAUUUAAUUGUUCAGUUUGUGGCAAAAGCUAUUCUAUUAAGAGGAGUUUCACUGAACACAUGAGAACGCACACAGGAGAAAAACCAUUUAAUUGUUUAAUUUGUGGAAAAAGCCUUUCUGUUAAGAGGAAUUUGACUGAACACAUGAGAAAACACACAGGAGAAAAGACAUUUAGUUGUUCAGUUUGUGGCAAAAGCUUUUUUGGUAAUAGUAGUUUGACUCAACACAUGAGAACACACACAGGAGAAAAACCUUUUAACUGUUCAGUUUGUGGCAAAAACUUUUCUCGAAGUAGCCAUUUGACUCAACACAUGAGAACACACACAGGUGAAAAACCAUUUAACUGUUCGAUUUGUGGUCGAAACUAUUCUGUUAAGAGGAAUUUGACUGAACACAUGACAACACACACAGGAGAAAAACCAUUGAAUUGUUCAGUUUGUGGCAAAAGCUAUUCUAUUAAGAGGAGUUUGACUGAACACAUGAGAAAGCACACGGGAGAAAAGCCAUUUAAUUGUUUAAUUUGUGGCAAAAGCUUUUCUGUUAAGAGGAAUUUGACUGAGCACAUGCGAACACACACUGGACUAAGUACCAUUUAAUUCAGUUUGUGUUAAAAACUUUCCUCAAAACAGCUCUACGUGUCGACACACGAGAACACACGCUGGAAAAAAAAACAUUUAGUUGUUCAGUGUGCUGUAAAAGGUUCCCACAUAAUGCAAACGUAGUAAAACACAUAAGAACACACAAGGGAAAAUUACCAAUUAGCUGUUUAGUUUGUGGUAUGUUGCUCAUAUGUGGCGACAUCCACCCUACCCAGGACCUCCUCACUGCUUCUUUCACAAAUAUCUGAGAUUUUUGGAUAUUUAGAGACAUAAUCUUAUCUACUCAUGACCCCAUGUCUUCUCUGUAUCUGAAACCUUCCUGAACAGUAAGAUAGAUGAUGCUUCAAGUGCUUGGUUACUCAUUCUUCAGUCCAGGGACCUGGGGCCUCAUGUGCCAAGUUUGUGCACGCUCAAAAACCUGCACUACACCCUUUUUCACUGCAAAGUUGAGAUGUAUCAAAACUGACGUUGACGCAUAAGUGAUGCUGGGUAACUGCUUGCAUAACAAACUGCCAACUUUUACUUCUCAGACUGAUUGAUGUGCAAAUCAGAGACAUUUGAACAAUUAACCCGCAACACCCACAACCCAACCCCCACCUCCCUCGACAUUCGGGCAUAACAGGUUCAAUCCGGCCCGCGAGAUGAGUUUGCGAAGUGUAAAAUUCAGCUGCAUUUUUAAAUUAAACAAACUGCUGUUCUAAUUAUGUCCACUGGAUGUCGCAAUAGCAAUUCUGUUAGGCAAGCAAAUAGUUUAUACCGGGGCGAGCAAGUAUACCAAGCAAGAGGUACAC